AUGGCGGGUUCUGUGAUGGUGAAGGAGAAGAUCGAUCUCACGAAGAAGGAGGAGAAGAUCGUCAAGCAUCUGCUCUAUGUUGUGAAGCACUUUGAGUUGGAGAUUCGGCUUCAUGUCACUGGGGGCUGGGUUCAUGAUAAGGUUUUGGGGAAAGACUACAACGAUAUCGAUUUUGUAUUGGACAACAUGUUGGGUAGAGAGUUUUGUGACAAAGUCAAUGAGUACCUACAUGUUGGUGAAAAACGACAUGGCGUGACUGUUAUUCGAUGGGAGGCUACUGGUCUUGAAGGUGAUGUUCGAAAACAGGAAGAUACUGCUAGAGUUUUGGGAACAACAGUUAAGCACUUCCGGAAGCUUGACAUUCUUGUCAAUGGUGCAACAAGUACUCUACAGAUCGUGGCUGACAUUAAGAUUGAGAGGGAAGUCCCUUCAACCUGA